AUGUCUCUAGCUCCCUCCCGCACAUUCAUCUUCCCCCUAUUCUUCUUCUACUUCUUCUUCCUGCUGCAGAGCCUUCCCGCAGCGUCUUCCCAGCCUCUCCACUCCGACCCGAUUUACUCCCAGUCGCCGUCGCCGUCGCCGGCAUCCCACCGCCUCCGGCGAAUAGUCCUCGGCGUCCUCUUCGGCUCCCUCGCGGGCACCUCCUUCACCUUCCUCAUCGUCCUCUUCGUCCGCCUCUGCCUUCUCUACGCCAACCGCACCCCCAUCCUUCGGGGCCCCGUCAUCUUCUCCCCCGUCAUCUCCCCCAAGGCCCUGCAGUUCGCCCUCUCCGACCCCGGCAGGCUCGUCCCCAUCCCUGGUUCGGGCCCUCACGGGGCCUACUUCCGCAUCGUCUUCGACGAUGGCCUCGUCGUCGCCGUGAAGAAGCUCGAGCCCAUUUCCUCUCCUGGCUCCGACCCUCUGAGCUCCUCCGCCAAGCGGCGUCUGCAGAGGGAGCUCGGAAGGCUGGCCAGGGUUUCCCACAGGAACGUGAUGAGCUUGCGGGCAUAUGUCCGGGACUCCGGCGAGCGGUUCUCUGUGGUCUACGACUACGUUCCCGGCGGCAGCCUGGAGGACGCCCUGAAGAAGGUGAGAACCGGGGAGCUCAAGCUGGGCUGGGACUCGAGGCACAGGAUCGCCAUUGGAGUGGCGAAGGGUCUCCGGCACCUGCACUUCGAAUGCAGCCCGAGGAUCCUUCAUUACGAUCUGAAGCCGACCAACGUGAUGCUGGACGAGGAGUUCGAGCCGAAGCUGGGGGACUGCGGCCUGGCGAGGCUUCUGAGCAAUGGCGGAGCUCCGACCGCGCAACCAGUCAGCUGCUACACCGCGCCCGAGUGCCUACAGAGUUGCAGGUAAGAUUGAGGAUCUCUGGUAGGGCGAUUUCCGGGCGGAUGAGAUUCUGGGUACUCCGGGUUUUGGUUCUAAUCAUUAAUCCAGCUAAGAAUUUGAACCUGAUUCAGAGAAUCUAAGCUCCCAUACCGUUUCCUUGGAAUUUCUCCUCUUAGAACUCUGGCCAGAUGCUUGAGUUUUGUUCUGAAAGGGUUCCCUUCCAUCUCCCCUCCGCAGGUACACAGACAAAAGCGACGUCUUCAGCUUCGGGGUGAUCCUGGGGGCGCUGCUCACUGGGAGAGAUCCCCACGAGAGCUUCAGCGAGGACGCUGGUGGGGGCAAUCCGGGAAGAUGGCUCAGGCAUCUGCAGCAGACUGGGGAGGUGAGGGAGGCUCUGGACAAGGCCAUCGCCGGGGCCGAAGGCGAGGAAGAAGAGAUGAUGAUGGCCGUGAGAAUCGCCAUCGUUUGCCUCUCGGACCUGCCGGCCGAUCGCCCGUCGAGCGACGAGCUUGCGGCGAUGCUCUCGCAGCUCCACAGCUUCUGA